UCUGCACCUCACUAGCCACUCUCCUCCUGUGAGACAGUGGUAAAUGACAUCAGAUACACACUACUGCAUGGAAAACUGGGCACAGAGGAUCAUUUAUGGAUGUGGAAAUUUGGAGAUGAACAAUAUCUCAACUGUGGAAGAACACUAAGGGGACAUCGAAAAUCAUACCUUGCAAUACAUCAAGCUUUUGUGCAGCAGGUUGAAAUGGAUCCUCUUCUGGAACAAGUUUUGGCGGGUUUUAACACAACCCUCGGAGCUUCAAAUUGGACAGACCUCCUGGAUAAAUUUUCAGGAACCCAGCUGCUUUUCCGCUUCAAACCACUGUUUAUUCCGCUCUACGCCUUGGUUGUUGUUGUGGCUGGUGUCGGGAACAGUUUCCUUCUUGCCUGCAUUCUGACGGAUAAGAAACUCCACAAUGCCACUAAUUUCUUUAUUGGCAACCUGGCAGCUGGGGACUUGCUGAUGUGUCUGAGCUGUGUGCCACUGACAGCGUCGUAUGCUUUUGAUGCAAGUGGUUGGGCAUUCGGCCGUCCAAUGUGCCACCUUAUUCCUCUGUUACAAGGUGCAACUGUCUUCACCUCUGUAUUAUCCCUCACCGCCAUUGCCAUGGACCGUUAUGUGGUGGUGGCAUACCCAGUACGGAGGCGUAUCUCAGUGUGGGGCUGUGUCGCAGUGGCAUUGGGCGUCUGGGCAGUUUCAUUGGCCCUCGCUGCUCCCCCAUCCCUCCACACACGCUACGUGGACCUACGACCCAGUGGCAUGGAGCUGGUAGUAUGCGAGGAGUUCUGGCUGGGAGCCGAACGACAGCGCCUACUCUACUCCUGCUUCUUCUUGCUGGCGUCCUACAUGAUCCCCCUUCUGUCUGUAAGCAUCUCCUACUGUGCCAUCAGCGUGCACCUCCGCAAACACACGUUGCCUGGAGAGCCGUCCCAUAGCCAGCAGCGAUGGAGCAAACAGCGGCGCAAGACUUUCUCCCUUCUGGUGGCCUCUGUCCUCGCCUUUGCCCUCUGUUGGCUCCCGCUGCAAGUCCUCAAUCUCCUUCUGGAUCUAGACUCGGACUUCCAGAUCGUGGACAAGCACUAUGUCAACGUGCUGCAGGUCAGCUGCCACCUGAUAGCCAUGAGCUCAGCCUGCUACAACCCCUUCAUCUAUGCCUCGCUGCACAGCAAGGUCCGCAUGCACCUGCGUGGUUACCUGUGCCCUUGCAGACGUAGUAGACAGGAGCUACUAUCUCGCUGUGCCUCCCGCAACCCUGCCACCUGCUUGACGCUCAUCUCUGAAGUAGCAGUGAAGGAAAGCCAAUCACCUGUGACCCCCGUCCCCGACAGCUGCCUCUGAAGAUCUGUGGCACAUCAGCACAGACUAAUCAGAAGGAGCACUCAGACAUUAUACCACCGGAGUGGUAUUCCAGCCAAUAUUCAAUAUUCUUAUAUGAGAACGAAGGCUUUUUUGUUGGUAGGCUUUUCUUUCAUGAGGACUAAAGAGAAUACUCAGGCUCUCCGCUUUGUUUUGAUGUUUCUGUGGACAUUAGUGAUCCAGGCUCAAGAUUCCCUCAUACAUCUCUUUGACCUUGAAUGAAAACACCUGAUACUAAAAACAAAUUUGCAGCCCAGCUUUUACAGAAGGAGUAAAUCUGUUUGGGAAUACCCUGUCCUUGAACCCACCACAGUGAAGAGGAAUAUCAGCAAACCACAACUAGAUGUUGACAGCUCUUUUUCACACCCUUCUUUUCUCUUUCUCUCCACUAUUAGCAAGUAGCCAGGGAAAUAUCAGAUGUUUUUGGCAGAGAUACCUAUUUCCCAUCACAUCUGACCCUGUUGUAUCUUCACUUAUAGGAUUAGUGGUUAAUGCUGUUUCUUUAGCUGUCACCCAUACCGGAAAAACAAAUGAUGCAAAACGGCUUAUAAACCUUCUCAGCCUCACAAGCCUCUAAGGAUCACUGCUCAUCUGAUAUAGAUCACUGCUGUAAAACCCCUCAGAACCUCUCACUCUCAAGUCCAGACACUCUCGAGGGCUCCAGCAAUUGGAGUUCAAUCAAAUGACAGCCUUUCGCUUCUGAUAAUGGACUGCAUGCUCUGCUUUAAGACACAUAUGAGGUAGCUCGCACUGGAACACUCCUACAUUUCUGAAAAUAGGCGUACUUCCAUAAAAUGUUCAAGAGAGUGAGUCUGACCUUUUAUAGGUUGAAAGAGCUAAAGUAAUGAUAAUUUCACAGGAGCAAGUGCCAGGUGUUUUGCUAUUAUGUGGUUUUGUCGUUUCUCUUGGAGAGCUGUGAGAAUUAAUCUAAUUUUGACAGCUCUGAGGUGUGAGAUCUAAUUAGAUGAUCUACAAUGCAUUCACACUACACUACAUUACUCAUCAAGUCAACCAUUUCUCAGAUAAAUAAACAAGUGUAUAUGACCCAAAAGAUUUAUGGAAAUCAAUGGUAGAAUGUUAGCAUGAGUGAUCGUGUGACAAAGCCAUACUUAUCUUAUCAAGCUGGGUGCACAAUUUGCAUUUUUUGUUAUGCAUUCUCUAUCAUAGUUGCUUGUCACAUUGCACGAUGUGACACUAGUGAGAACUUGAGGGAAAAAAUCCAAAGCAGACUAUGCAACAUCAAAUAUCUUCAGUCCUCAUCCUUGACAACACCUACAUUUUCAUUUAUAUGUGAAAUUGGAGUUAAACUGCACAAACCCAAGCAUCCUCUUGCAGUAAUGUGGAAAUGUUUCGCUAGGGGGGAAAAGGGAUUUUAUCUAGUAUGUCUUUAGUUGUGGCUGGACAAAGAGGUCAUGGACUGCUCAUUCUUUAGAGCAAAUUAGAGGGUUUGUAGUAUUAUCAUAUGGGAAAGUAACAUCAAAUAAGUAAUGUUACAUUUAUUUUGCAUAUAAAAGAGUUAAACUUUUUUAACUGACAGAUAUUUAUUUGAAUCAUACACAUCUGUCAUCAAUGGCUGUUCCCUAUUAGUUCUUCAUUAUUUCUAAUACUUUCUAACAAUGAACUUCACUGGAAGCUAAGAUUCAUCUCACAUUUUAGUAAAUUGGAACCUCAUACUAAGCCACCUGUGACCAACAAUAAAAAUAAAUGAAUGACCCCUGAAAUGUCAAUAAAUAAAUAAAAUCAUGGUAAAAUCUCACAGUGUGCACUCAGCUUUAGACAUGAAUUACAACAGCAACAACCCCCCCCCACCCCCCAACACACACACACAAAGAAAAAAAAUAAUAAAAAUUAAUGCAUACAGUCCUGUAGUUUUCUGGCUGGCUCGCUGAUUCUAUGCUACAACAAUGUGGUUAUGACCUGUGUGAAUACAAUAACAUAGAUAGCAUCUGCUGUCACUACGGGCGACCUUUUGCAAUUGUGUUACCUUGUAAAUGUUUGAGUAAAAUGCAACACUUUCACCAGUGUUUGAAAGAGUCUUGUCAUUUAUUAGAAAGCUUAUCUAACAUGAUCAUAUAUGUCACACCACACAGUAUUUGACUAAAAUAUGUUUACACACUGUUACAAGCAAGUAACAAAAGUCACAUGAAUUAUUUUGUCAACAGAUAAUCGGUUUCUCAUAUGAAUGCAUGCACCAACAAUUUUGUGAAUACAUACAGUCACAGUGGGUAGAGGAUGAAGCAGAAGUUGUUACAAUUAUGCCAGGCAAGAUACGCCUGUGAAUGUCUCUGCAUGCUAAUUAUCAAAUAUAGCCACCAACGCUGAUUGCUAGCCCAGCACAGGACCACCAAGAGCAAGAUGUCCAGUGCAUGCAGGGGAAAAAAUGGACCUAGCUGAUGAUCCCCAAGGGUUACCUAAUAAACACUUGUGUAUUCCCUGCAGUCAACAUGCCUGGACCACCUAAUUUCAUGCAGCGGGUCCCUUUGCAUAUAGGGAGCACCGUAGAAACAAUUCUACUAGCCAUGAUUCAUAAUUGAUGACAAAUAGACCCAGGACCUUGUUGAAACAGUGAGAGGCAGCAGCAGUUUGUUACCCCAUGUUGAGAAUUAUGAGU